AUGAUGAUGGACCUUUUUGAAACUAGCUCCUAUUUCUUCUACUUGGACGGAGAACAUGGAGCUCUACAGCAGCUGGAGAUGGCAGAGGGGUCCCCUCUGUACCCGGGCAGCGAUGGCACUUUGUCCCCCUGUCAGGACCAAAUGCCCCCAGAGGCUGGGAGUGACAGCAGUGGAGAGGAGCAUGUGCUGGCGCCCCCGGGCCUACAACCCCCUCAUUGCCCCGGCCAGUGUUUGAUCUGGGCUUGUAAGACCUGCAAGAGGAAAUCGGCCCCCACCGACAGGAGGAAAGCAGCCACCCUGAGGGAGAGGAGGCGGCUGAAGAAGAUCAAUGAAGCCUUCGAGGCUCUGAAAAGGAGGACUGUGGCAAACCCCAACCAGCGGCUGCCCAAGGUGGAGAUCCUGAGGAGUGCCAUCAGCUACAUAGAGAAGCUGCAGGAUCUCCUGCACAGGCUGGAUCAGCAGGAGAAAAUGCAGGAGAUUGGGGGAGACCCUUUUAGCUUCAGCCCCAAGCAGGGAAAUAUCCCAAGUUCAGAUUUCCUGAGCACCUGCAGCUCCGACUGGCAAAAUGUUUCUGAUCAUUCCAGAGUGCUAACAAUCAACGCCAAAGAAGGAGCCUCCAUCGUUGAAUCUUCAGCUUCUAGCAGCCUUCGUUGUCUUUCUUCGAUAGUGGACAGUAUUUCUUCAGAAGAUCCCAAACUUCCCAGCGUGGAAGAAGUGGUAGAGAAGUAGAUCUGCCUUUGGCCUGGUAGUAUUUUGAAAGCAGAUAACAAGGAACUCACCCCACACCCUAUAAAUGAAAUAAUGAAUUAAUUUAAUAUUUUAGCAAUCCCAGACAGGGGCCUUAUUAAAGGCACUGGUAGGCAGAUAAAAUUGAAUCUUCUUAAAAAGACAUGUUCCUCAAAUAAUUGUACAAUCUAGCUCUUCUUUCUUUCUUUCUUUCUUUCUUUCUUUCUUUCUUU